AUGACAGACAUUAUGCUAAGUGAAACCCCCUCUACGGUUCUAGAAGAAAUUUUGGCAAGUCUUAUCAUGUGGUUUUUCUACACCUUGAUUCCAUGUUUGCUCAUUGAUGGAGUGGCCAUCCUGCCUGCCCCUCAGAACCUCUCUGUACAAUCAACCAACAUGAAGCAUCUCUUGACGUGGAGCCCAGUGAUGGUGUCUGGAGAAAUAAUAUACUAUUUCGUUGAGUACCAGGGAGAGUACGAGAGCCUGUACAUGAGCCACGUCUGGAUCCCCAGCAGCUGGUGCUCACCCACCAAAGGUCCUGAGUGUGACAUCACUGAUGACAUCACUGCCACUGUGCCGUACAAUCUCCGUGUCAGGGCCACCCAGGGCUCAGAGACCUCAGCCUGGAGCACUCUGAAGCCUCCCUUCAAUCGAAAUUCAACCAUCCUUACCCCACCUGGGAUGGAUGUCACCAAGGACGGCUUCCAUCUGGUUAUUAAGCUGGAAGACCUGGGGUCCCAGUUUGAGUUCCUUGUGGCUUACUGGAGGAGGGAGCCUGGUGCCAAGGAACAUGUCAAAGUGGUGAGGAGCAGGGGCAUUCCGGUGCACCUGGAAACCAUGGAACCGGGGGCUGCAUACUGUGUGAAGGUCCAGACAUUCGUGAAGGCCAUCGGGAGACACAGCCCUUUCAGCCAGGCAGAAUGUGUCAAGGUGCAAGGAGAGACCCUCCCCCUGGCGCUGGCCCUGUUUGGGUUUGUUGGCUUUAUGCUGAUCCUCGUGGUUGUGCCCCUUUCCAUCUGGAAAAUGGGCCGGCUGCUCCGGCACUCCUGUUGCCCCGUGGUGGUGCUUCCCGACACCUUGAAAAUAACCAAUUCACCCCAGAAGUUAAUCAGCUGCAGGAGGGAAGAGGUGGAAGCCUGUGCCACUGCUAUGCUGUCUUCGGAGGAGCCCUUCAGGACCUGGAUCUAG